CGAGCCGGAGCCGGAGCCGGAGCGUCAGCCCGUGUUGGCGGAGAGCACCCAGGCGCAGCCGGAGUCGGAGCCGCAGCCGCGAUGGCCGUGGCCGUGGGGAGACCGUCUAAUGAAGAGCUUCGGAACUUGUCCCUUUCUGGACAUGUUGGAUUUGACAGUCUCCCGGACCAGCUGGUCAAUAAAUCUACUUCUCAAGGAUUCUGUUUCAACAUCCUGUGUGUUGGUGAGACGGGCAUCGGCAAAUCCACGUUAAUGGACACUUUAUUCAACACCAAAUUUGAAAGUGACCCAGCUACUCACAAUGAACCAGGUGUCCGGUUAAAAGCCAGAAGUUACGAGCUUCAGGAAAGCAACGUACGGCUGAAGUUAACCAUCGUUGAUACCGUGGGAUUUGGAGACCAGAUAAAUAAAGAUGACAGCUAUAAGCCAAUAGUGGAGUAUAUUGAUGCCCAAUUUGAGGCCUACCUGCAAGAGGAAUUGAAGAUCAAACGUUCUCUCUUCAACUACCACGACACCAGGAUCCACGCAUGCCUCUACUUCAUUGCCCCCACUGGCCAUUCCCUGAAGUCUCUGGAUCUAGUCACCAUGAAAAAGCUGGAUAGCAAGGUGAACAUCAUUCCAAUAAUUGCAAAAGCUGACACCAUUGCCAAAAAUGAACUGCACAAAUUCAAGAGUAAGAUCAUGAGUGAACUGGUCAGCAAUGGAGUCCAGAUAUAUCAGUUCCCCACAGAUGAAGAAACGGUGGCGGAGAUUAAUGCAACAAUGAGCGUCCAUCUCCCAUUUGCCGUGGUCGGCAGCACCGAAGAGGUGAAGAUCGGCAACAAGAUGGCAAAGGCCAGGCAGUACCCCUGGGGUGUGGUGCAGGUUGAGAAUGAAAACCAUUGUGAUUUCGUGAAACUUCGGGAGAUGCUGAUCCGUGUGAACAUGGAAGAUUUGCGAGAGCAGACUCACACCCGCCAUUAUGAAUUGUAUCGGCGCUGUAAGCUCGAGGAGAUGGGUUUCAAGGACACUGACCCUGACAGCAAGCCUUUCAGUCUUCAGGAGACUUACGAAGCAAAAAGAAAUGAAUUUCUGGGAGAACUUCAGAAGAAAGAAGAAGAAAUGAGGCAAAUGUUUGUGAUGAGAGUGAAGGAGAAAGAAGCUGAACUUAAAGAGGCAGAGAAAGAGCUCCAUGAGAAGUUUGACCUCCUGAAGCGGACACACCAAGAAGAGAAGAAGAAAGUGGAAGACAAGAAGAAGGAGCUGGAGGAGGAGGUGAACAGUUUCCAGAAGAAGAAGGCAGCCGCUCAGCUCCUACAGUCCCAGGCACAGCAGUCUGGGGCCCAGCAAACCAAGAAAGACAAGGAUAAGAAAAAUGCAAGCUUCACAUAAAGCCUGGCAAGCCAAGGAUGGUCCCGC